AAAUUGCAGGUAAAGCCAUUGGUACAAGAAAGAAUGCUCUCAGGAGCUGCUGUCUCCCUGCUCUCCCUCAUACGUAAACAUGAAUUCAACCGUACAUCAAUCCAACAACUCCACUCUCAUUUGAUCUUUUGCACCUCAACGCCGAUCAUACUCACUCUUUGGAACUCUGUUCUCCGCCACUACUCCCUCGGAUCCUCCCCCCAAGAAGCUCUUUUCCUCUUUCGGCAUCUGCAGCGCAGAUUGAGACCCGGGUUCUUCUUCGAUAGCUUCGCUUAUUCUUUCCUCAUUAAAGCUGCUGCUAAUCUAACCCAACCCAGUAUCGGAAAACAGAAUGUGUUCGACGAAAUGCCUAGCAGGAAUAGUGUGACAUGGAAUGUGUUGAUUACUGGGCUUAUCAAGUGGGGUGAGCUUGGGUUUGCUCGGGCUGUUUUUAAUGCGAUGCCGGAGAAGAAUGUGGUUUCUUGGACGGGUAUUAUUGAUGGGUACACACGGGCGGGCAAGUUCAAUGAAGCUUUGUUGUUGUUCCGUGAAAUGGUGGUGAGUGAGGGGAUUAAACCAAGUGAAGUGACUCUUUUGGCGAUUUUCCCUGCUGUUUGGAACCUUGGGCAUCUCAAGUCUUGCCAAAUGCUGCACGCCUAUGGGGAGAAAAGUGGGAUCAACUCUUUUGAUAUCCGCAUUAUGAACUCCCUUGUGGAUGCAUAUUCCAAGUGUGGGAGCAUAAACUAUGCUUCGAAAGUUUUCGAUGAUAUACCAGAUGAAAGGAGGAAUUUGGUGUCAUGGACAUCGAUAAUAUCAGGAUUCGCAAUGCACGGGAUGGCCAAAGAAGCUUCGAAUGGUUUUAGGAUGAUGCAGAGUGCAAAUGUAAGACCAAAUCAGAUUACAUUCUUAAGUGUACUACAUGCUUGUAGCCAUGGUGGUUUGGUGGAUGAGGGUGUUGUGUUUUUCGGAAAGAUGGUUCAUGACUUUGGGCUUCAACCGAAUAUUAAACAUUAUGGAAGUUUGAUAGACAUGUUGGGGAGGGCAGGGAGAUUGGAAGAAGCAGAAAGGAUGGCUUUGGAGAUACCUAAUGAGAUCUCCAAUGUUGUGAUUUGGAGAACACUAUUGGGUGCUUGUAGUUUUCAUGGAAAUGCAGAGUUGGGACAGAGGGUUAUGCAGAAAAUUCUGGAGCUGGAGAGAACAUAUGGUGGUGAUUAUGUGUUGCUUUCUAAUAUUUUUGUUGAUAAUGGUAGGUAUAUAGAUUCUGAGGAGGUUAGGAGAUUAGGGUACAGAAGUAUUUGCAGAGACAGGGCUUUGAUGUUGUUUAUCUUCUUUCCACUGAUGUUACUGGCUUGUGGCUUGCUGGGCUCAAGGGGACUGAUGAGUCAAAAGCAUUUCGAGCAAGAAGCAGCAAUAAACUCAUUCUCAACUCUGAUGUCUAUAAUUCCUGGAGAAACUUAUACUGAAUUCGUUAAGGUUAUCUGGUUUGUUUUGUGA